AUGACAGUUCUUCAUAACAUUGCUAUUGCAGAAUACUUUCACUGGAAUAUGCUACGAAACCUUGCUGGCAUCUAUUAUGAACAAAGUCAACUUGACAUGACAAUUCUGCAUUACAAGCAAGCUAUCAACUGUGAUUCUACCUUUAUUGAAGCUUACAAUAAUCUGGGGAAUGCUCUCAAAGACGCUGGGCAUGUGGAAGAGGCUAUCAACUUCUAUAGGUCAUGCCUUGCUUUACAACCUAACCAUCCACAAGCAUUGUCAAGCCUUGGCAACAUAUACAAGGACUGGUAA